UCAACCGCCAAGCAUACACGAAAGGGCGGACGGACGGACAAAACGAGAGCGUCUUGACAUCCUCAUAACCAAUAGCUGCCAUGAGCGUCUUAUCUGCUGUCGCCUUUUUGAACAACAGUGAUGAGCAGCUGGACACCCAGCGAUCGCCCAGCCCAGCGUCACCAAACAAGAAGCCGACGACAGAAGCAGCCAUCAAAGAAUUGAACCGUAUCAGGACAGGCGGUGGUAACGGCGUAGUAUCGCUUAUGAGCAAAUUCGGUAGCGAUACGAAUCUUGCACGUCCUGCUCCUCCUCCUCCUCCUCAACGGUCAACAACACAGCAGCAACUAGCGUCACUACGACCGAUUCCUGCUACUGCCAAUGUUAUAUCUAAAACAAACACUUCUAGAUCGCCUGUCAAUAACAAUGACCAGCACCAUAUUAAACAACAGUGCUCACCACAAUCACCCACCCGACCCAAGGUUGUUCCGGCAACAACAACAACAACAACAAUAGCAACAGCAAAAUCAUCAUCGUCAUCACCAUCACCACCACCACGUACUACAACAAGGAACGCUCCUACUGGCAUGACCCGAACAUCCGUUGAUAUGCUGUCUGAAGAACUGACGGCCCUGUAUCAGGAAUCGGUCGCAAAAGCAGAAGCUGCCGAGCAAGAGCUCAAAACACUCAAAAGCGAGGUUGCCACUUAUGAAGUGGACUCGACCAAAGUCCGCGAUUAUGAGAUUCGAGUGGAGUACCUUGCACAAAAGCUUGAGCAGGUGUCUGAAGAGCGAGAUGGCUUGGAGCAAGAGUUGCGAAUGUAUCGUGAACGUCAAGGCAGCCUUGAUACCCCUGUUUCUCCUGUAUUUCAGCAUCGACUGUCUGGCAUUUUUAAUCAAGACAAGCAGCAACAGGAGCAACAGGACCAUCUGCUCGACGAUUAUCAUAACAAUAACCCCGAUAUCAAUGACCACCAGGAAGACGACAUUGACGAAAACAGCGAGUUUAUGCACGACAUUCUAGACGCUUAUGAAGACGACGAAGAUGAAAACUCGUCAUUUGGCGUGCAGAGUGAGCAUCGGUCCGAAGCACAUCUUCAAGAACGCAGCGUCAGGGGCGGCAAAGACAGCAGCAGCGUGGAUCAGCAUCAACAGAUCGCCCUUCUCACCGAACAACUCCGUGCUGCAGACCAAGGCACUAAAAUUGCCGUGCAGCACUACCUAUCCGAGCUAGAGCAAGAGCGUCUUCGCACCAAAACAAUGCAGCAAAUGCUGAAAAAACAAGAAGAUUUGAUCGCAACCCUCGAAUCCAAACUCGUUGUUUCUUCUACUACGACAGUGUUGUCUCCCAAGGUGUCCCCUCGUCCACCACGGAAUGCUAGCUUGGCAAGUCCGACCCGAGAAAAUGUCAACAUCAACAAUAGUAGUAGUUCGGAACGUGCGUUACGGGAACAAGUCGAGUCGCAGCGCGCAGAACUGGAAGAUAAACGGGCAUUGUUAACACAGCUGCUCAACGAGCGUGAGGAUAUGCUUAAAAAGGUUAAGCUUGGUGCAAGUCGUCCUGGUGCUUCUUCGUUCGAUAUUCUGGCUGAGCUUGCCCGACCUACUAUUAAUACUACAACUACUACUACUACUGCGGGUGAUCAUCAUCAUCAUCAUCAUCCGCAGCAGCGACAGAGCCCUAUAGUGGAUGGCAGAAACACACCUCCACCUUCAGCACCUCCACGUGAGCCGCUUCCUCCAUUGCCGGCCGCAACGUCCACUGCAUCACCAUCCAAGUCGUCAGCCCGUGGGUCCUUGGGCUCGUUCCAUGAAGGAUCUGGUGUAUCUUCUGUCACCUCAUGGUCCUCUUCGACAGACUAUUACGGGCGCCCGAAAAAGGAACAGCCGGAACAGCCGUCGAUGACCCACAACAACUUUGAGGCCAUGUACAGCAACUACCUCAAAGAUGACUUAUACGAAGAAGACCCACACGAUCACUAUCUCGAAGCGUUGCGUCGUAUAGAAGGCCCAAAUUCUCCCAGUGAUGACAAUAAUACCACUUCCACAUGGAAUCCGAAUGUCGGCAACAAGAUGACUGCUCAUUAAAUAUCCCUUAUUACUACCAUCCUAGUAUAUCGUUUCCCUGCUUCUUUCUUUUUGUAUUAGCUGUUGUAUUUUUUUUUCCUUUUCCCAAACACACGCACUCAUUUGACCUUGCUUUCCACACAUAUAAUCUGUACAGUAAAUCCCCUUUUCCUCCCCAUAUUUCCUGGUUC